AUGGCAUCCAUUCGUAUGAGGACGCCGUCGCCCUCACCUAUGGUGUCCAGGGCUGCCCAAGUGUCUACGGUGGUCAGUCCUGCGCGUUCCGCGGGGCCGCCCUCCACUUGUGGACAAAGCGAGAUCCACAUCGUGAUUACCAUCAAUGGACAUCCAGCACCGGUAUACGCGGCGAGCCUUCCACCCGUGAUGCCAGAGCAGCAGUGUUCGUCGUUUGCGACACCGCGCCAAGUCCCGCCUGGCCAACGUGAGAUGGGAGCAGCGUCGCCGGUUCUGCAGACGCCACCCAAGGAAUCAAGGCCAUCACCGUCAGCCUCCCCUGAGCCCUUGCCGAACCUGCUGCAGAAGCGGAAGCCGGACACGGAGGAGCCUCCUGACAAUGGCUCCGCAAAGGCAGGGCCAGAGAACCGCGAGCUGCAGGCGAUGCAGCAAGAGCGUGAAGCCUCACAGGAGAUCCAGCAGCAGACGCGGCUCCAGGAGGAGGCGGGGAAGGCUCUGCGCGAGCACGCGCUUCAGGAGCAGCGGCUCCAUUUCGAACAGCUGAUCCAGGGGACUGAAGAUGCCCAUGAGCAAGCCUGCAAGGCCAUGCUAGUCGAGAACCAGGCAGUCCUGGAGGCAGAGAAGGCCCUGCGCGAGCACGAGCUUCAGGAGCAGCGGCUCCAUUUCGAGCAGCUGAUCCAGGACCAGGGGCUCCAUUUCCAGCGGCUGCUGCAGGCCGCUUGUGUUGCAUCCGUGCCUUGUGUGCGGGUGCAGAUUCCUUUCAAUGUGGCAGGGAGGCGCAGCGCAUUUGGCACAGUGCAUUUCGUGCUGCCGGUAGACUGUCACAUCGCCGGACUGAUCCGCAAGGCCGAGAAGGCGCUGCGCGAGCGGAUGCUCCAGGAGCAGCAGCAAAGCUUCGAGCAGCUGCUGAAGGACUCGCGAGAGCAGACGAUGGAGGCGCUGCGGCUCGAGUACGAGCAAGCAUUGGAGGCCGAGAAGGCGCUGCGCGAGCGUGCACUCCAGGAGCAGCAGCUUAACUUCGAGCAGCUGCUGAAGGCCGCGGAGGAUGCUCGAAAGCAGACGAUGGAGGACCUCGUGCCGCCCUGCCCGCCUGCAGCCUCCGAGCACCGGGACAUUCCACAGGAAGCCGCCGCAGUCUCCCCGCCGCCAGACGGGCAGCCUCUGCCUGCGCAGGAAGCUGCUGCAGUCUCCAAAGCGGUGCAGGCGGGCGCCAGCGCAGCAGAAGAGGCUGCGCACUUCAAGGAAGCCCUGGCGUCCUACCGCCAGCGCUAUGAUGGCAGGACCCCGGAUGCCUCGCAGCUCGCCAUCUUCUCCGCGAACAUGGGCUUCCCCGUGCCCUUCAAGUUGGCGAAGGAGCUUCUCUGGGCCCGCCGCCGCCGCCGCCGCUGA